GAAGAAACCCAAAAGCCAUGACAUGAGAUUAGCUACAGGUGUCUCUCCCUCACUUUCACACCGAGUCAUUCACCAACCCUUAUUAAAUCAUUCACCAACACUCAUUAAAUCAAGGUUCACACCCCUCUAUCAGUUCUUGAUAUCAGAAUCAGAUCACAUCAGAAUCAUAAUCUCUCAACCUCUAAAGAUUCAUCUUUCUCAUUUCAGCUCUGGAGAUCUUGCCAAUGUCAGAGAAGAAGAAGAAGAAGAAUGUUGUCUUUGAUCUCCCUGAAGAUAUUAUUGUAAAGAUUCUAUGUAGGUUGCCUGUCAAAACUUUGAUUCGAUUCACUUGUGUGUCAAAACGUUGGCGUUCUAUAGUAAGCUCUGACCCUCAGUUUGCUAAAUCCCAACUCAAUCUAGCAUCUCAGCAGAAAGCCCUCUGUCAUAGAUUUCUAGUCAGCAUCCUCUCUCUACUUGAAGCCCAUAUCCAGUGUCGAUGCGACUUCUUAGAUUCUUCAGUAAAAAAGGCAGCAUUGUCCCAACUCCACACUAAGUUUCGAACCUUAGAUUUGGAAGCGCCCACUCAAUUUGGAAAUGCUUCUUCGGUCAAGAUUCUCAGCUCCCCAUUUGAUGGGCUUGUCAGGCCAAUGGCUACUUGCAAUGGUUUGGUAAUUCUAGGUGAUGUCCAUUGUACAAACUUGUCUAUCUGGAACCCUUCAACUGCAUUCUUCCGCAAAAUACCUGAUCCAGGUAUUUGGGCAAAAAUGACAACCAAGAAUGGAAACAGAAGAUGGGCAGUUUUUGUAUGUUGUGGUUUUGGGUAUGUGUCAGCAACUGAUGACUACAAAUUUGUUAUUCUACUCCAUGAUUUACCUUUUUUGUUGGGUGUUCACAUUUUCUCGGUGAGAGAUAAUUCAUGGAAAAUUGUUCAAGUCCCAGGCAUUCACGACGACUGGAUCUUCAGCAGCAAGGGGGUUCUUUCAAAUGAAGUACUCCAUUGGAUCACUGAGAACAGAACUAAUGAGCUAGUUAUCUCUGCUUUCGAUUUGGCUGAGGAGGAGUUCCAGAAAGAGUCGUUGCUAUUCCCUGCGGAUGUAGACUGCAACAUUUAUGAUCCAGACUACAACAUUCGUGAUCCGUGGAAACGGAUAGAACUGGGGUGUUUAGAUGGAUGCCUUUGCAUACACUCUCUGAAUACUAAAGCUGGUGGGGAUAUUGAAGUCUGGGUUUUGAGAGAAUACAGAGUACUUGAAUCAUGGAUCAAACUCUCUAAAUUUAGUGUAGACGAUAUUCCAGGUGUGUUUGUUUCACAAAUUCCUUUGUUUCAAUUUUUCGUUUCGGAAAGUGGUACUGCUUUCAUCAAUUCAGAUUUCAAGGAGUUGGUCAGAAUUGAAUGCCACAAAGAAGAGAAGCCGGUUUUGAGUGGUCAGUAUAAGAUUGAGAAGUGGGAGCCCUUGAAUUUAGGUUUAUGGGAGCAAAUUCUUGAAAGUUUUCGGAAGGAAAAGGAGGAUGCCAAUUUUUUUUCGGUGAUGUUUUACGAUGAAACUUUAGUUUCAGUUCCUGAAUGAUUAUGGUGAAAUUUGGACAAAGGAACGGGAAAUCCAACAAGGCCGUGAAACUAUCAUCUGGUUCUGAAUUGCUGGUGUUUCUGAUUUAACCAAUUUGGAUUCCCCACCAUUCACUCUCAACUGAGUAGCAAGCCUUGUGUUUUGUUUCUCUCUUUGUUCUGUUUUUUUUUGUGUAUUUGUAUUUUGUUUGUAAUUGAGUGACUUAAAACUCUGAUGUAUGAAGCAUUAUUACCACUGUUAAUGCAUGAAGAUAUUGUGAUGAGAAAGUA